AUGGAAUCGAUUGCAGUCAAUUGGGAAGCACUCGACGCACUCGUAACCGACUUCGCAAAAUCCGAGCAGUUGAUCGAAGACGCGCAAUCACCUCUGUUAUCGUCGUCAACCACGACAUUCGCUUCGCGAUUAUUGAUUCGUCAGAUUAGACGGUUAUUAGAAUCCGGUGAAAUUGACUCCGCCAUUAAUCUCCUUGGAGUUCACGCGCCAUCCGUCCUAGAUGAUCAUCGCCUCCUAUUCCGCUUGCAGAAACAGAAAUUCAUUGAGCUGUUGCGGAAAGGAACUGAUGAGGAUCGUGAUUCUGCCAUUCAUUGUCUGCGAACGGCUCUUGCUCCUUGUGCACUUGAUGCCUAUCCGGAAGCGUAUGAGGAAUUCAAGCAUGUUCUUCUCGCCUUUAUUUAUGACAAAGAUGAUCAGAACUCACCUGUGGCAGACGAGUGGUCUGAAAGGAGGAGGUUUGACAUUGCGGGGCUUUUGUCAUCUGUUUUAAGGUCCCAUUUACAAGCACACGAUCCAAUCUUUUCAAUGACCUUGAGAUAUUUGAUAAGCAUACACAAGGGAUUUUGCCUUCGUCAAGGAGUUUUAUCACCCAUAUCAGAUCUUACUGAGAGGUUGCUCCUUGAAGAACGUGAUCCACCUGCAGUACCUCAGGAGAGUUUAUAUGAAGCACCUCCAUUUAAUGAGGUGGACAUACAGGCCCUUGCUCAUGCAGUAGAGCUUACCAGACAGGGGGCAGUUGAUAGCUUGAGAUUUGCCAAGGGUGAUCUCUACCAAGCAUUCCAGAAUGAAUUAUGCCGGAUGAGAUUAGAUGUUUCUAAGCUUGAUGAACUUGUUCACGAGUAUUGUGUCUAUAGGGGUAUUGUUGACUCUGGUCUCGCAUAUUCUGGGAACCAUUCUGUUGAAUCUGAACAUAAAAGUAGUGAACCAUUGAAGUUGUACAGGAAACCAUUACCAUACCCUUGUGAUACAACCAAUCCUAAUGAAGACUGUAGCACGAGUGGAACCCUUCAACCUGAAACUGUUGAAGUUGUGCAAAGAAAUAGAAGUCAUGGAACUGGAGUAAGGAACAAACGCAAGCGAUGGAGGGGUAGACAUGAGCAAAAAGAAUACAGUUCUGAAAUUCUUAGUGGAAGCAGAAAACACGAGCCUAGUGCUACUUCAUUACUCGGUAACACAAAUUUGACUUCUGAAGACUCAUCCAUGGUGGAAAUGGUAACAGAGAGGAAAGACAAAUUUGAGAUUGUCCUGGGCAUGAAGGAACUAGCUAGCCAGGGAAUGGCUGCAGAGGUUUUUGCAGAAAUAAAUGCUUUGGACCCAAACUUCUUUGCUCAAAACCCUAUAUUGUUGUUUCAACUGAAGCAGGUUGAAUUUUUGAAGCUUGUUGGUUUAGGUGAUGAUUCUGGUGCUCUAAGGGUUGCCUCUUCUCAUCUGGGUCAUUUGGCAGCUAGCAAUCCAGCAUUGCUUAAGCCCUUGAAGGAGACAUUGCUGGCUUUGCUCAGACCUAAAGAAGAAGCACUUCACCAAAACUUGCCUUUACAAGCUCUUGCAACCUCUCUUCAGGUUGCUAUUGGUGGGAGGCUAGGUAUUGAAGAACCCCAGCUUAUGAAGAUUAUAAGGGCAACUCUCCACACCCAUAACGAAUGGUUCAAGCUUCAAAUGUGUAAAGAUCACUUUGAAGGCCUUUUGAGGAUCAAUUCCCUUCGAGAAGUUGGAAUUCCUGUGCUUGGCGAUCUUGCUUGUAAUUCAACCGUUGAUGCUUGUACUCAAGGAUCAUCCCAGACAUCCUCCAGUACUACUCAGAUGCAGGAAGAUGGUAGCAGCCCUACUCAAACGUCAUCAACUGAUCUUGGUUGUGAUGAAAAUGCUAUACUUAAAGUUAUGGAAUUUCUGGCUUUGCCCAGAGCAGAUGCUAUUCAUCUUCUUGCACAGUAUAAUGGAAAUGCAGAGACUGUAAUUCAGCAGAUAUUUGCUUAG